AUGGGGGCCAGCCAGGCGAUGGGCUCGGCCUCGCAGAUGGAGGAGAGGUACUUCCUGCAGAAGGUGAAGCUGGGCCAGGGCUCUUUCGGCACCGUCUACCGGGCGGUGGACCGGAAGUCCGAGGAGCUGGUGGCCAUCAAGCAGCUCGACAAGCGCGCGCUGCCGCAGCGGGGCAUCGGUCGCCAGCAGGUCAACAAGGAGAUCGCCAUCCUGCGGACAUGCGCGCACGUGAACGUGACCGAGCUGCACGGCGCCUACGAGGACGCCAACUGCAUCUACCUCGCGCUCGAGUACUGCGACGGCGGGGACUUUGCCGACAAGGUCAAGGAUCGUUCAACGCUCGGCCUGACUCUGGGCAUUCCUUCAGUCAACGGCGGAAGCAGCUAG